AGUUACAGAUACCAAAUACCAUUAUCAACAAAGCAACGUGCCGGAGAAAGAUAUGUAUUAAAAAUUGAAACUGGUCAUAAAACAACAAUGGCAGGACGUGGUCGCGGUCGUGGUAGUACGUUAUCUCUAACACAUGAGCAGCUGCAGGCAUUAGGCAUCGCGCGCGGUGAGAACAACGCAUCAACCCUCGCGCCGCCUCCACUAUUUCCAAAACUCGAAGCCAAACCAUUACCUCUCGCAUGUGAUGCUGCUACCGACUACAUGCUGAUCGUUAAGGACCAAUUCAUAGGAUUCCUGCACGACUCGCCCGCAUAUGUAAAACCGAAAACAAGAACUGACGACGUGGAAAGGUACUCCGACAAGUACAGGCUUCUCGCUAUGGAUGCUAAACAAGGUAAAGUUUUAGAUUGUGUUUGGAACAAUAUGCCUACGGAGCUCCGACCGCAGGCGCGACGAGUCCGAGCGUCGACGCGUAAACGGCGGCUAGACGAUCCCUCGGAGAUCAAUAAGAGAUUCCAAACUCUAGAAAAAAAAGAAACUCUAGAAGAAAAUGACGAACAAAUGGAAACAAAUGAAGGCGAAGAAACUGUGAAAAAGGUUGAAGCGAAUGAUGAUGACUUGGAAGAAGAACAGGAGCCAGAAGAUGAACUGGAUGAUGGGACUGACUAUGCUAAUAAUUACUUUGACAAUGGGGAAGAUUAUGAUGAAGAAGAUGACAAUCUGGAUGAUGGACCUGUUUACUAAAGUGAACUGUACAGUGAGUUAGACAUUGGGUGUAAUUAUA